AAUUACUUGUCAAACAUGUUGUCAAAGAAGGCGACAUCCUUCUGAUUUAAGACGCGAUUCAAAAGUCGUCACUGGGGCGUAAGGAGUCUUAUUGGCUGGGAGACGCCACGCCCACUCCCAGCCGUCAACUGUCUUUCCACGCGUUUUCUGAAGUGAGACUGGAGGGGGAGGGGAAACAGAUAAAGAAAGGUCUAUUGAAAACAGGAGACCAGCGAGCAACAACAAACGUCUGUUGUAAAAUCAAUAGGUACUGUCCUGGCGCAAUGCACGUUGUUGACGGAAAUUAUUUUUGUUGAAACAUUCAUUAGUCUGUUUGAAACGCUACGCUGCAGGCUUGUUUGGAUUUAAACCUCACAUGUGGCUGUUAAUGUACUCAGUGGAGCCUGCUUUGAUUGCCAGUUUGCUUUUACUUUUGCCUUUUGUUAACCUGCAGCUUUGAUCACACAUUCGAGUGAAGCUGCAGUAGUACCUCUAGGCGUGCAGUAACACUGGCAAGGUGCUCGCAAGUGGACGUUUUCAAACGCUUCGUCAGCUCGCUUUUCGUUUUCUUUUUAUUCAAACAAGGAAGUGCUGCAGUUUUUUCCAGAUCUGGGCCUCCACAUUUCAUUUCACUUCUAAAUCGUUUAUGUGAAACUUGUCUGUAUUUUUCUGUUUUUUUUUUCAUGCGUUUUUCUGGCUUUCUUUUAUUCACGAAUUGACUUUUCACCCCUCCUCACUUUAAUAAGGAAUCGACAACUUGAAGCAAUGAUUCCCGGGUAUGCUCAGCAAAGUAAUGUGUUCCCACCUCCAGUCAGCUUAGCAGAAGAGGCGCACGUCUCGAGCUUUCAGAAGUACAAGGAGCUUUACAUGAAAUCGGUGGAGAAUCCUGAAGAGUUCUGGAAUGACACCAUCAAAGAAUUCUUUUGGAAGACUAAACACACAGGGAAGUUUUUGGACUACAACUUUGAUGUCACAAAAGGAGAUAUUUUCAUUAAAUGCAUGGAAGGUGCUUCAACAAACAUCUGCUACAAUUUACUGGAUAGAAAUAUCCAUGAGAACAAACUUGGAGACAAGGUUGCUUUUUUCUGGGAAGGCAAUGAACCUGGAGACGAGAUGAAGGUAACCUACCAAGAGCUGCUACAGCAAGUGUGCAAGUUUUCCAAUGUUUUGAGAUCUCAAGGCAUAAAAAAGGGUGAUAGAGUGUCUAUCUACAUGCCAAUGAUUGUGGAACUGGUUGUAGCUAUGUUAGCUUGUGCCCGCAUUGGAGCUGUGCAUUCAAUUGUGUUUGCAGGUUUUUCUGCUGAAUCACUUUGUGAACGAAUCUUGGAUUCAAAGUGUUCUCUCUUAAUAUGUGCUGAUGGUUUUUAUAGAGGCGACAAACUUAUUAGUUUAAAGCUGAUUGCUGAUGAAGCACUCCAGAAAUGCAAAGAAAAGGACUUCAGUAUAAAGAAGUGUAUUGUCUUAAAACAUCUUUGUAAAGAGAAAGUCACUGAUGGGGAGCUGUUGGCUUGCUUGAAUUCUCCUCCUGCAAAGAGGCCAUGUCAUGACAUGCAGAUCCCUUGGAAUCCAGAUAUUGAUCUUUGCUGGCACAAGUUGGUAGCGGAGGCACCAGAAGAAUGUGAACCAGAGUGGUGUGAUUCUGAAGAUCCUCUCUUUAUUCUCUAUACCAGUGGCUCCACUGGAAAGCCCAAGGGUGUCCUGCACACCACUGGUGGGUAUCUUCUAUACACUGCUGCUACAUUUAAAUAUGUGUUUGAUUAUCAGCCUGAUGAUGUGUACUGGUGCACUGCCGAUAUUGGCUGGAUUACCGGACAUUCUUAUAUCACUUAUGGCCCUUUGGCUAAUGGUGCAACUAGUGUGUUGUUUGAAGGACUACCUACUUAUCCUGAUGUAAGCAGACUUUGGGAAAUUGUAGACAAGUACAAUGUCACAAAAUUUUAUACGGCUCCAACUGCAAUUCGAAUGCUAAUGAAGUUUGGAAAGGAACCUGUUCAACGGUAUACAAGAAAAUCUUUAAAGAUCCUAGGGACAGUAGGUGAACCCAUCAACCCAGAGGCCUGGAUGUGGUACUACACUGUAGUGGGUGAAAAACAGUGCCCUGUAGUGGAUACUUUCUGGCAGACAGAAACUGGUGGCCAUGUAAUGACUCCUCUUCCUGCUGCAACAACUUUGAAACCAGGUUCAGCGACCUUUCCUUUCUUUGGAGUUGUUCCUGCCAUCCUGAAUGAAUCUGGAGAGGAGUUAGAAGGGGAAGCAGAAGGUUAUCUGGUGUUUAAGCAGCCUUGGCCUGGAGUGAUGAGAACAGUCUAUGGAAAUCACGAGAGGUUUGAGUCCACAUACUUCAAGAAAUUCCCAGGUUAUUAUGUUACUGGAGAUGGAUGCAAGAGAGAUAAAGAUGGUUACUACUGGAUCACAGGGAGAAUUGAUGACAUGCUAAAUGUAUCAGGACACUUGCUCAGCACUGCAGAGGUGGAAUCUUCUCUGGUUGAACAUGUUACGGUGGCAGAGGCUGCGGUUGUUGGCCGUCCUCAUCCUAUCAAAGGAGAAUGUCUCUACUGUUUUGUUACACUCAAGGAAGGACAUGAAUAUACAAAAGAGUUAGAGGCUGCCCUUAAAAAGCAAGUUCGUGAAAAGAUUGGGCCAAUUGCAACUCCAGACUACAUACAAAAUGCCCCUGGAUUACCUAAAACACGAUCAGGUAAAAUCAUGCGGCGAGUUUUGCGGAAGAUUGCCAGCAAUGACAAGGACCUGGGUGAUACAUCCACACUUGCUGAACCCAAUGUUGUGGAGCAACUUUUCCAGAACCGCUGCGUCUAAUAUUCCAGCCCAUUGACUUUAUGCUAUCUGAAAAGAAAAAACAUUUUGAGGGACUAUAUUUGUAAAAGGAUGUUCUAUUUACUUUGAUCUUUACAAAGUUGAUAUUUGUUUUUGCAGAGUUAAUGAAAGUCAGGUUUGUCUUUUUAUUGAUUUUCAAAAUAUUUUUAACAUUUUGAGCAACAAAAAAUGCUUUAUGAAAUGAAUCUUAACUCCAGCCAUUUUUCCAUAGCAUUUAUGUACAGUGUGUUCAAAUUACAUUUUUGUGGGUGGUUUAAGGAUAGGUUUGGUAUUUUUAAAGUCAAAGUUAUUUCUUCAGAAACAUGGUAUAUAUGCGUUUGCCAUGCAAAAUUGUGUUCAAAGAUUAAGCCCUUUCUAUAAAUUUAAAAAACUAUCUUGCCUGCUCUGUCACUUUACCUCCUUGCCCCAUACCUUCCUUUAUAAAGUUCACGCACACAUUGUUAAAUGUUUUAUACAUGUCAUUUUUUAACCCCCCCCAAAAAAUACACCAAUAGUAUGAGAUUCAGCCAUUUUAAAAGGAAACCAUCCGUGCAAGCUAGUUCAGUACUUAGUCUUCCUGCAAAACAGUCUUUCACUCCCAAAACCGAUAUGGUUUAAGGGGCUGAGUUUUGAGAACACUUUUUCUUCUGAAUUAAUAAUUGACACGGUUAAUAUUCCAACAAUUUAAUAAUUGAUGGUCCCCACUUCUCAUAUUUAUAUUUACACACAGAGUGGAUUUAGAAAGUAUCCAUACUCCUUCACUUUCUUUACACUUUGUGUUGUAGAUUUAAUUUUAAAUAAAUAAAUUUGCCAUUUCUGUUUGGAGUCGUGUUGGGUAAGUCUCUAGAAGUUUUUAAGCACUAGUGCAGGCAAGAUGCUUUUUAAAUUUCUAGAAAGCAAUUAACUUUAGUAGUAAUAAUAAUAAUAAACUUAGAACAGAAUUUUGCUUGGAAAAUGUUUGUUAAUAAAUCAUUUUAAUUUGAAAAAUACCAAACUUCACCUUUAAGACACAAUAACAUUUUUUGUUUUAUUUGAAACAUGUUUCCAUUUGAAUUUCACAUUGUUGUUAGUGUUGCUGUAGCUAUCCAGUUAAAAAAAAAACGGUUGUAAGUGGUUCAAAACCAGUACUUUAAUAUCAGUCUUUGGUGAAGUUCAUGGUCUGAAGACCAAGAAAUUUUUUUAAAGUAAUGAUUGCCUUCAUAAACCUGUUUGGGUUUUAAAAUUAAAAGAUAAUCAAGUCAGAUCAGUUUAUUAUUACCAUUGCACUGUUCUCAUUUCAAUGAACAUUUUUCAAAUAUUAUACAUUUACAUAAAACACAAAAUACCUUGCAAAAUGAACAGAUAUAUUUCUGUGCAUACUCUUCUGAAAUUCUUGGCGUUACUCAGGUUUUUGAAGCGACUGACUGUGACAGUGUGCAUAAAUGAUAAUGUUAUAUGCUACAAAAUAAGCUAAGGCCUUUUGCAAAGGAAAAAAAAGACAGUUUGAUUGUGGGGAUCAUGCUCCUUGAGGAGAAUGUAGAGUUUUUAAUUUAAUAAACAGCUUUUAAUUGCCUUGCUUUUUAAGAUUCCAAAAUUUAAAUUGCUUAUUGUUUCCCUCACCCAGCUGAAAUGAAAAAUGUUUCCAAGUAAAGGAGCUGUGUAAUACUAAAAUAGGUCAAAUGUGUCGGACUAAGAGCACUGCCAAGCUGUAUACUUAAAGUAACAUGUUUUAGUAACAGAAAUAAAUUGAGUUUUUAAUUAUAAAAUUAUUUUAAAUCUCUGUUGUACAUACAGUAUGCCAUGGUGCAUAGUAUUAUCCAUGUUAUUGGUAGAGACAUUGGAUCUGUCACUUGGUGAUGCCUGUCUUCUUUGAAGUCCUGUUUCAGUGACAGAAGUGAUCAGUAGGUCAAAGCAGCACUGACCCUGAGAAGACAGAGUAAAAAAACAGAACAAGAUAGUCAUGUUGAUUGCCACCAUUGUAAUCAAAGCAUAAAAAAGCAACCACCCAAUAAUUCAAUAUUUUAGAGUACAGUAGACCAAUGGGGGUUCUCAUAUAUUGGCAAGUAGAUCAUUGUAGAGUUAGUAGGCUCUGUAACUAAAGGAAACUGAAUCACCUAAACAGCCUUACAGUGAAGCACUGCAGUAAUAAAUCAUGCUUAAGGUAAAUGCUAGAACAGAAUGGGUUGCUUUUAUACAGAUGAACAUCCCAGUGUUCCAUUGGUAAUGUAAGAAACUUUUAUUUAACUUGUAAAACAGAAAGCCACAUUAAAAACAGGUUUUGUUAAGGUAAAAAUUGUUCUCUAUUAACAUUUUCAAGUUCCGUUAACUCCUAAGCCAUUAAAGCACUCCAUGCCACUGCUAAAACUACUAACUGUCCCCUUCCCCUUCAUCUACCACUCUGGGUAAUUAUGCUCUGGUUUACAUCUGCUUUGCUAUUUCUGUGUAUGUUCUCACUUAACCUACUAACUAAAGUCAUAGAAAUGGUAUAAUGAAAAGAAAGUCCAUGGCAGUUUGUUUUAGUUUAAGAAAGUAAUAAAAUAUUUCACUGCCAUCUAUUGAAAAUCAUGCGAGAAACUGAACAAACCAUGACAUUUAGCAGCAGCUUGUUAAAGUUUUAACCUGAGAAAAAUGGCAAGGCUAUAUAUUUUUUGUGUGUUUACAUAUUUUUAGUAUGAUGGUGGUUUAAAGUCGUCUGUUGUAAAGAUUUAGCUAUUUGAUCAGGCUCACGGAGCCCGACUCUCACAGCUGUACAGUCUUGCUGCUUAGGCACUUGAAAUACAUGAGGGGUCAAUAAGGAUGGAUGUUUUUGUUUUUUUCUUAAGUGUUUUUUUUUUUUUUUUUUUAAGUUUUAUAAAGCAUCAAGAAAGACUUUAACCUUUUUGCACUCAUUGUUCAGGUUGCGUUAUCCUUUACAAUGCAGCACACUCCGUUUACAGCCUUUUGACAGCUAGCAUGUGCUCUCAGCAGUGAUGAAUUUAAUUCAACUCACCAAAUGCUUUGACCUCAGGCAAGUUUCAUUUACUAAACUGUUCUGCCUUACAAUGGGAGCGGUUCAGAGUAGAACAGUUAUUCAGGUGGAGGAAAACUUCAGAACCAUUUUGGUUCAUAUAAAAGCCAUAUUUGUCACUGUAGUAGUAGCUGGAGGGGAAAAUACAAACUGUAAUAUUUACAUUCCUCUUCUAGAUAUAUGCAUGCAACUAGUAUAUCAGCUACAUGUGCAAUCUUGCUUGACAUUGUAGGUCACUGGCCAUUUAAACAAAUCCCAAGUUUGCCUCAAAAAGCCAGUUAUCAGUAUCUGGGAAAAGGUUAAUUCUGGUGAUUAUAGCUUUGCUUUAUUAAGGUUAAUUAUCUGAGACUACUUUCGUGGUGAAGAAAGGACAAGUUUUAUGACUGCUCAUUAUAAAGAAAUCAAAAUCUAGAACAUGCAAAUCUUUUUCUUUUUAAAUAGUAGUAUUCCAAAAAUGCACCUAUAUACUAAACCUUUGUAAUCCAUUUUUAUGGUUGUGGAGAUCGAGAGCUGAUCUCGGCAACAUUGGGCACAAGGUGGGAAUAAUCCCUGGAUAUAUUGCCAGUGUGUUUCAGGGCGUACAUACACACAGGCCACUCGCGAACACAGGACUGAUUUAGAACCACAAUUCAACUAAACGCACAAAUGCUUUGGCUGCACAAAGAAAACCACUAAAUCCCAAGCAAAUAUAGGGAGGAAAUGAAAAAAAAUUAAAAGUGCCAACCACUCUGCUGCCUCUACAGGAUGAUAUAUUUUACCCGUGCAUUUUCCAUUUUUAAAGAAAAAAGCAAAUACUAGGCAUGUCUUGACUUAAAAGAUAAUUUGGCAGCCCACAAGUUUAUAUUUUUAGUAUAUUGACAUCUGAAUGUUUUGGAGUUUAGGAAUCGUCAAGAAGUGGAAAACCUACUGUGCACCGUGCUCCUUGGUGUUAAUGUGUGUGUGUGAACAUGUCCUGUCAUUUUCCAGCCAAGUUAAUCCAGACCAGGGUCGCAGGUUUGCUGCAGCCUAUCCCAGCUAGCAUGGAGUUCAAGGACAUAUAAGAUAGAAAAAGGAGCAGUUUUCACCUGUGAUCCACAAUGGAAGUGUUUCAAAACAAGCCCAGACAGUUGUUGUAUACUCCAAGGAUUGAAUUUGUUGAAUUUGCUGCUGUUUUUUCCAUAAAUUAUAAUCUCGAUAUAUACAGAGUUGUAAGAGUUUUAUUUUAAUAUUUAAUCAUUUCAUGUUAGAAGUACUUUACAUUUUCAGUACAAAAUAAUGGUUUAUAUGCCAUUCCAGUUGUAAUAAAAGUAAAAUAAGUAAGUUGAGAUGAGUGAUUCCCAUACUUGGCUGGAAAGUAGCAGUGUUGUUGAGAAGUGUAGUAACGGCUGGAGAAAGGAUGUCUUCCCCUUGAGUGAGAUAUCGAAGUUAGAUUAAAUAGAGAAUGGGAACGGGGUGAAUAUUUUUGUAAGAAAGCAAUGAAGUUGUCAUUUUAAAACUGUGACCAUCUAUCAAGAUGGAAUUCUGUUGAUUAAUGGUGGAAGUACUAGGACUCAAUACAGUGCAAUUACCAAAGCUUUGUAACUGUAAGAUCUGUUAUUUUAAAGUUUAGGUGGGGCGGGUUAAAUGUUAUAUUUUUGGUUGAUAUUUAUUUUGUUUUUGUUUUUUUUAUGUUUGCCAUUUGUCUAAAAAGGGAAUGGGUCAGUUUUGUAAAUUGUAGAUUUUCAUUGAAGAAUUUUUCUGAAAAAAGUGUUUUUUUUUUAUAGUUUUAUAUAUUUUUUUAGGUGAGAUGCAUUGUUUAAAAGCAAAUGAAUGAACAAACCUGGAUGUUUAAUGCUUCAUUUUAUACAUAUUGAUGAUGGAAAAAUAUCAGAAUAUUUUAAAGACCUCUUUUCAUGAAGUAGUCCCUGGGCACUUGGUUGUUUCACUUGUUUUCUUAUACUGCGCUCCUUCCAUUUGGUGUCCGUUAAUUCCAUGCAGCAACUUGUUUACAUAAAAUAAGCAAAAAUACAGGGUGGUCCAGAUCUAACUAUGCAACUUUUAAUGCAAUGCAAUAAUUGCAUAGUUAGAUCUGGACCACCCUAUAGCUACCUUAAGCUACGUUUCUAUUCAAGAAUGCCUUGAGAAAUGAGGUGACCAAACCUCAAGAUAUUUUAGAAACUUAAAUUGUGUUGUUUAUGAAAGAACCUAGCAUACAAGAGGUUUACUUCAGAAUAGGUAUUACCUCUAGAUGUAAUCUGUAAACGAACAUAACAUGACAUUUAGUGCUUUCAAAUGAAUCAAUGAAAUAAACUCGAUUUUAAACUACUGAUCUGUGCCACAUUUUCCUUCGCUCUUUGUCUGAUUGUUAUUACACUAAGCUCUAAAGCACCCCAAAUGUAUAUUCAUUUGAGUGAAAAAAGAAGUUUUAGAUGGAAAAGUGGAUUCAGUAGUCAGUGUCAAUUUAUAUUUUCCUUUUUUUUUCCACAUGUCAAGUUUAAAAGUGUGCAGCUGAAAUUCACAUUGAAAGACAAACCUGAGGAGUGAAUUUUCCAAACACAAGAUGAACCUUAUUCUAUUAGGUGUUACAUGGCCAGAUUAUUUCACAGUCGUGUUCAUACAAUGCAAUAAUUGUGCAAUAGAGUUAUUCCUUUCAACAUGCUACCAAUCGUGCGUCUUAAGUGAAUAGUUAUAUUUUAGACAAUUUUUAUAAAAGACCACAUGUUUUGGUUCUGAAGCAUCAUCCUUUUUGCCUUGUGGUGGAAAAUGUCUGUUUCCUGAACAGUAUGUGAGAAUAUCCAGAUAGGACAUAUAUGUGGGUUUAUUGUGGCAGCUAUCUCUCUGCUAACUGGGUGCCAAUAAAGGAAGAGAAGAUUGUUGACAAUUCUUGUACUUGUUGGGUGCUUCAGUUAUGUUUUCACAUGAAUCCACAAAAUGUAUUUUUACCACAGAAUGUAUGUAUGUCUGUAUACUGCAAACUUGUAUGAAUUAUAGGUGUUUUAAAUUUAAGAAUGCAUAUUGUCAGCUCCUAGCAUUGUUUUGAAUGCACUUUGGUUUUUCUUUUCUAAAUCCCACUAUCUAGCUACAGUUAAUGAAUUUUGGAUACUUGUCAGCUGCACUUCUUAAUAGGUGGCAUUAAUAAAUUUUUACUGUUUUUAGUAACAAUACUACGGUAAAGUCACAUGUUUUUGAAAUACACUAGAAAAUAAAAAAUAUUGUAUGUCCUCCGUCUAUGGAAUGUAUGUCUCAUUAGUUAAUAUUUGGUUUCUGAAUUACUGUUAAUCAUAAUCCACAUUAUAUUUUUUUCUUUUUUGUAGAUGUAUACAGAUAUUUUAGAAAUAUAUCUUAUCCCAAGGAGACCAUUACUCUGUAUAAAUGUGUCUGUUCUAUUUGUGAAUUUAUUUUUUUUAUAGCUUACUCCUUUUUCUAUGGUUUAAAAUAAAUUCUGCAAUUCUAA